AUGGAUAACACGACGAACAAAACAACCUCAGCUCUCGACCUUGCACCAGAGCUACUGAACGGAAUUUCUCAACUCAACAUGGCUGAAAAUACGAGCCAAACAACGUCGAUUCUUGACCUUCCACCAGAGCUACUGGAUCAGAUUGCGCGGUCGCUGCCCUUGAAAGAGCAUGGCCUCUGCCGUCUAGCCUGUCGAUACCUGUACACAAGCACCUGGAGUGCGUACGCACGGAAGGAGGUCGGAGAGCUCAUCACCGACCUCUCAGCCAAAUCAUUGGCUCAACUCGAAGAGGUCGCUCAAGACCCACGGAGGGCUCCCUAUGUGAGAAAACUCGUGGUGUGCUCGAAUGAUGCAGGCCCUUCUAGUGAUCAGACACCUGAUGGAACGCAGCGUCCCUGGAUGUGGGAAGAAUCCACUGGCCACAUCCUGCCUCUGCAGCCAAACGAGCGACAGUUGGAAGAUAUUCUCCGGCGAUUUUCUAAUUGCCAGUCAUUUUAUUUGUCGGCAGUGGCCCUGCCGACUGACAGUGAGAAGAGAUUCGGUCGCCCACCCGACUUUGGUGACACAGUAUCCAUCGUCUUGGGCAUUCUGCUGCGAGUUAACCGCCAACUGAAGGAACUGCAAUUGUUUUUUCCGUCUGACCAAUCAGAUUCGAGGGCGCUGCUCGAUGCCCCGGGAGGUCUUCCCCAGUUCCGGUGUCUAUACUCCAACCUCGAGGUACUAGAGUUUGCUUCAGAACACCCGUGCCCCGACAACUUCCUGUUGGACAUCCUCCUACAUGCGCCAAAGAUGCGAAAACUGGGCAUCAGCUUCGGAGACACCGGGAGCGAUACAGUAUCUCGUCUUUUCACGACUCCGAUGCCCUUCCAGCUGCAGGAGCUUGAGCUCAACGAGGUCCCCGACAUCGACGGCGCAUCCCUGCUCGAGUUCAUCCGGCAUCACAGUAGAACACUGAAGUGCCUCGACCUCUGGGAUCUCGGGCUCCACCCAGCCGGACAAGACUGGCCCACUAUUUUCAAGUCUCUCGCUACCAGCCUCUUGCGCCUUGAGUUGGUGGAGUUCUCCGGUCUCCGUGGUGGUGGGGAAUCGACCUCAUCAUACUUUAAGUUUCCUGGUGAGGAUGGCCAACAGGCGAAUUAUUUUUACUGCGACGGGCCUUUUGGGGAGGGGAAGCUGUGUAAGGCUCCAAGUAUGAAAGCUGUGCUUGAGAAAAUCGCAAGCCAUACACAAACGCGUCUACUAUUGAACGAUGGUUUGGUUCUCCUGUGA